AUGACGCAUGGUUCCCGCGCGUGCCAGUGGGCGGGUGCCCGAGCGCUGGCGCGCCCCCGGAGCCCGGGUACGAGCACGGGGAGGAGGAGGAGGGAGGGUGGAGGGGAGUUCGCUGCAGCCGUCGCCGCUGCCCGGCCGCCGCUGCCCGGCCGCUGCCCUGCGCUGCGCUCCGGCAGUUCUGUGGAUGGAGGUGUCCCGCUGAGCCCCGGGACCCGCCUCCCUCCGCCAGGACCAGCACAGGUGCAGUCGCGGGGGGCGACCUUGGUCCGGACCAACCCACGGCAGUGGGUGGGGGUUGGACGGGGUGGUGAAGAGGCCCCGCGACCUGGGCUUCCCGGCGGGACCCCUGACCCGUCCCAUCCUCUUCUCUUUGUUUACAGGGUUUGGGAUGCUCUGACAGACAAUUACAUCCCUUCACUCUCAGAAGACUGGAGGGACCCAAACAUCGAGGCUCUGAAUGGAAACAGCUCUGACACUGAGGUAAUUGAGGAGAUUGAGGAAAUGAUGCAGAACUCGCCAGACCCUGAGGAGGAAGAGGAGGUUCUGGAAGAGGAGGAUGGGGGUGAAACCUCUUCCCAGGCGGACUCAGUCCUCCUGCAGGAGAUGCAGGCCUUGACCCAGACCUUCAACAACAACUGGUCCUACGAAGGACUGAGACACAUGUCUGGGUCUGAGCUGACCGAGCUGCUGGACCAGGUGGAGGGUGCCAUCCGAGACUUCUCAGAGGAGCUGGUGCAACAGCUGGCCCGCCGGGACGAGCUGGAAUUUGAGAAGGAAGUGAAGAACUCCUUCAUCACCGUGCUUAUUGAGGUUCAGAACAAGCAGAAGGAGCAGCGAGAACUGAUGAAAAAGCGGCGGAAAGAGAAAGGGCUGAGCCUGCAGAGCAGCCGCAUAGAGAAGGGAAACCAGAUGCCUCUCAAGCGCUUCAGCAUGGAAGGCAUCUCCAACAUCCUGCAGAGUGGCAUCCGCCAGACUUUUGGCUCCUCAGGAACUGACAAACAGUAUCUGAACACAGUCAUCCCUUACGAGAAGAAAGCCUCCCCUCCAUCAGUGGAAGACCUCCAGAUGCUGACAAACAUUCUCUUUGCCAUGAAGGAGGAUAAUGAGAAGGUGCCCACUUUGCUAACGGACUACAUUUUAAAAGUGCUCUGUCCUACCUAACCUUGCCCUUGGGAGCAGCCUUGCAGCGGAGGUCACUGAGCAAGAGUCAUUCCAUCACAGGGAUUGCAUGACACCAUGUAACCUCCGACGUGUAUUUAAACGUGUAGAGCUUAACCUGGAUUAAACAUGAGCAAACGCGCGGGUCCUUUGCUGUUGGCUUCUAGUCCUAGUAAUCAUUGGAUGCAUGACAAGGGGCAGGGCUGGGGACAUUGCCUCCUCUCUGCCUAUGUUGGAGGAAGGCAGAUGCUCUCGCUACUCAUUAUCUAGUCUGGCUCCAGCCCUCAAAACAGCUUACACUCUAAGACUAAUUUUGAAAUAAAUCUUCAUUUAAUUAAUA